CACUCUUCCAUCUUCUUUAAGUAGCCCCCCAACCCCUCUCUCUCUCUCUUCAUCUCUUCAUCACCUCCACUCCAAAACAUCCUUCUUCCACCACCACAACCACGACUGUAGUAUUAAAAUAUGUCUCUACUCUUCUUUUUCUUCUUGAUUAUCUUAUUCCUGUUUGAUCCCUCUGCAUGUGCUUCCUCCCCAGCUGCUGCACAAACACAAACACUAGACAUAAAGCCCCAAUACUACAAUCCCAAGCUCCCACUCAGAACUCUCUCUUCUUCCAAGAAAUAUGAGGGUUCAUCGGAUCUCAUUAACCUUCGCUACCACAUGGGACCCGUACUCUCCUCCCCGAUCAACAUCUACCUCAUCUGGUACGGCAAAUGGGCACCCACCCAGCAACUCCUCAUCAAGGACUUCCUCCUCUCCAUCUCCACCACCAACCACCGCGCCGCCCCCUCCCCCUCCGUCUCCGACUGGUGGCGCACAGUCUCCCUCUACACUGACCAGACCGGCUCCAAUAUCUCCCGCUCCGUUCUCAUCGCCGGCGAAUAUUCCGACCACCGCUACUCCCACGGCACCCAUCUCACCCGCCUCUCCAUCCAGCAAGUCAUCGCCUCCGCCGUCCGAUCCAAACCCUUCCCCGUCGAUCACAAGAACGGGAUCUACCUCGUCCUUACUUCCGUGGACGUCACCAUGCAGGAUUUCUGCCGCGCCGUUUGCGGCUUCCACUACUUCACUUUCCCAUCCAUGGUCGGCUACACUCUACCCUACGCCUGGGUGGGCAAUUCGGGUAAGCAAUGCCCCGAAGUCUGUGCUUACCCGUUUGCUGUCCCGGGUUACAUGGCGGGCGGUGGCCCGGGUGCUCUGUCUCCUCCCAAUUUAGAUGUGGGCGUAGACGGCAUGAUCAGCGUCAUAGCUCACGAGCUUGCGGAACUUUCUUCAAACCCCUUGAUUAAUGCGUGGUAUGCGGGUGAGGACCCGACCGCGCCGACUGAGAUUGGGGAUUUGUGUGAAGGCCUGUAUGGAACGGGUGGUGGAGGCGGGUACAUAGGGCAGGUGAUGAAGGACAUGGCGGGUCGGACUUUUAAUUUAAACGGCAGAAGGGGUAGAAAAUUUUUGGUGCAGUGGAUUUGGAGCCCCGUCUUGAAGGCUUGUGCUGGUCCCAAUGCUUUGGACUAGAACACAAAAAAUUAAAUUAAAUUAAAAUUUAAACAUUUUUUCUUCUUCCACUUUUCUGUAUUUUUUUUUUAAGUCAAUAAAUUUUUAGUAUGUUGA